CUUUAUCCAUAACGAUCUUGUCUGCAAUGUCAAGUUUGUUCCAAAUUUGGAUACACUACUCGGCUGCUAACAUCGCUUUGAUCCAACCUAUGCUGCUAAUCAAUCCUAUUCGUCGAGUUGACAAAGUUUGCGAUAUCAGUCUCACACAGGAAGAUUUUUAUGCUGUUGUGGAUUGGGCAUACAAGAUUGAUCCUUUAUGUUGCAUAUCAAUGCAUGGAACUACAGAACGCUAUCUCUCUAGUCAAAAAGCUGAUGCAGCAGGAUUUGUACGCAUUCUGCUUGGUGACUUGGAGUCUCGCAUAUCUAUGUUGUUCAGUCGUUUUGUUGAUGAAGCAUGCCAUCAGAUUGAAAGACAUGAGCGCAAUGCUCGCCAAACGGGUGUCCUACCGUACAUUCCUAGAUUUGCAUCCCUUGCAACACGGAUGGAGCAGUAUAUAUCAGGACAGUCGAGGGAUUUGGUUGACCAAGCAUACACAAAAUUUGUUAGCAUAAUGUUUGUAACUUUGGAAAAAAAUGCACAAGCAGAUCCAAAGUAUGCAGAUGUUUUUCUUAUCGAAAACUAUGCGGCAUUUCAGAAUAGUUUGUAUGACCUUGCCAAUGUGGUGCCCACUUUGGCCAAGUUUUAUCAUCAAGCUAGUGAAGCCUACGAGCAAGCUUGCACCCGCCAUAUUAGCAUGAUUAUCUACUAUCAAUUUGAACGCCUAUUCCAGUUUGCUAGAAGGAUUGAGGACUUAAUAUUGAAUAAUGUUGCACCUGAAGAGAUUCCUUUCCAGGUUGGGUUGUCAAAAGUGGAUCUGCGGAAGACGUUAAAAUCCAGUUUGUCAGGGGUGGACAAGUCCAUUGCUGCGAUGUACAAGAAGUUGCAGAAGAACUUGACUUCGGAGGAACUGUUACCUUCCUUAUGGGAUAAAUGCAAGAAGGAUUUUCUUGAUAAGUACGAGACUUUUGUCCAACUUGUCGCCAAGAUUUACCCUGCUGAAUCAGUCCCUUCUGUAGCAGAGUUGCGAGAUCUUUUAGCUUCCAUGUAAAGCUCUAUACCUUCUUCAAUUAUUUUGCCUUGUAAUCACUUUUUUAUGACGACGUAAUUCGAUUUACUUAAUUUCUGGUCUUAAUUACUUGAAAGCAAGCACUGUAGUGCAUCAUAGAAAGAAUGUGAUGAAUAAUGUUUAAUUACUUGAUCAAGAAUGUGAUGAAUAUCGUAGCUUAUGUUUAAUUUUAAUACUUUGAUUACCUUUUGA